AUGAAAGCCCCCACUCUUGUCCUUCUCACUGCCCUCGCCGGUCUGGCCAGCGCCGCUGCCAUCACACAGCCUGCAGGCUUGGUUGAACGUGACUGUCAUCAGAUUUUCGGUGUUUGCAAGGUGACGGAGGACUGUUGUGGUGAUCUGAUAUGUUUUACACAUACAAAUGGAGAGGGCAGCUGUGCCGAUAUACCAUCCGCAUAG